AUGGUGAAGUUUUUUUUGGAAAUUUUAGAAGAUACCAGGCCGAUAAAAAUUUAUUGUGGUAAUAAUAAUAAAAAAUUUGCAAACAAAGAAUGUGGCACUCCUCAUAAAACGUUUGUUGAUACGGAAAGUCAAACGGAUAAUAAACAUGGAUUCCAUGGAUUCGCAUCAGUGACAAAGGAUCGAGAAAUCCUUGAUCUGGCAGGUGUAUCAUUUCCUAAUUUUGAUUUCUUGUUGACGAAAAUACGCCCACCACAAAAGUGCAUUGUAUCGAAAAAAGAUCGACUAUUGAUUUUUUUAAUGAAAAUAAAAACUGGAUUAACAUUUUCAGGACUUGGUGUACUGUUCAGUGUUCAUAGAACAACAAUUUCAGCAAUUUUUUAUGAAACUCUUCAACAUCUAGCUAGUGCGACUAGAAAUUUAGUAUUUUGGCCAGAUAUUGACGCUGUUCAAGAAACGAUGCCUGAUUGCUUUCUACCUGAUUACAAUAACACCAGAGUUAUAAUUGACUGCACUGAAUUUCGAAUAGAUAUUCCUACAAGUGUCGACAAUCGUGUUUUUACAUACUCCAAUUAUAAAAAGAACUUUACGGCCAAAGUUCUUAUUGGUAUAACUCCUGGAGGUUUUAUUUCUUUGAGAUCUGACGUUGCUGGAGGACGAAAAUAUGAUUCUCAACUUACUAUAGAGUCAGGAUUAUUAGACCUCUUGGAAGAUGGUGACAUUGUUUUAGCUGACAAAGGUUUUCCAGAAAUUAAAACAGUGAUUGACGCAAGUGGCAAGAAAGUAAAAAUGGUUAUGCCACCUUUCCUUGAGAAAAAAACUGAAUUUUCAACAGAAGAAACUCAACAAACUUAUAGUGUAGCAAGAGUUAGGAUUCACGUUGAAAGAAUCAUGCAGCGAUUGAGGACUCAUCAAAUAUUACAUAAAAUUCCACAGCAUUUAUUUCAUUGCAUAGACGACAUUCUGCACAUUUGUUGUGUUUUGGUAAAUUUACAGCCUCCAAUUAUUUCUAAUAAAACUGAUGAAGCAAAUGAGGGAUAA